CGGGGCGGGCGCUCGGGGGCGGGGCUCGGGCCGCCGCGCAUUGUGCAGCGGCUGGCCGGCGCGGCAGGCCCUGGACCCGUGUGGUUCCCGGGCAUGGUGAGCAAGGGGCUGCUGCGCCUGAUCUCUUCAGUCAACCGCAGGAGGAUGAAGCUGCUGCUGGGCAUCGCGCUGCUCGCCUACGCCGCCUCUGUUUGGGGCAACUUUGUUAACAUGAGCUUUCUGCUCAACAGGUCUAUCCAGGAAAACGGUGAACUAAAGUUGGAAAGCAAGAUUGAAGAGAUUGUUGAACCAUUAAGAGAGAAAAUCAGAGAUUUGGAAAAAAGUUUCACCCAGAAAUACCCACCAGUAAAGUUUUUAUCAGAAAAGGACCGGAAAAGGAUUUUGAUCACUGGAGGUGCGGGCUUUGUGGGCUCCCAUCUCACUGACAAACUUAUGAUGGAUGGCCAUGAGGUGACCGUGGUGGACAACUUCUUCACAGGCAGGAAGAGAAAUGUGGAACACUGGAUUGGCCAUGAGAACUUCGAGCUGAUUAACCACGAUGUGGUGGAGCCCCUCUACAUCGAAGUUGACCAGAUUUACCAUCUGGCAUCUCCAGCCUCCCCUCCGAACUACAUGUAUAACCCCAUUAAGACACUGAAGACUAAUACAAUUGGAACGCUAAACAUGUUGGGACUGGCAAAGCGCGUGGGUGCCCGUCUGCUCCUGGCCUCCACAUCUGAGGUGUAUGGAGAUCCUGAGGUCCACCCUCAGAGUGAGGACUACUGGGGCCAUGUGAAUCCCAUAGGACCCCGGGCGUGCUAUGACGAGGGCAAACGUGUCGCAGAGACCAUGUGCUAUGCCUACAUGAAGCAGACCAAGAGGCCAAGGUUCCCUCACUGGCUCUACCGUAACAUGAGUUGGAGAUGGCUGGGCACUCACUUCUUACCGCUAACCUCUGAUAUGAGCUUGUGGCUUUGCCCUAUAGCAUUGGGCAGAGCAGCAGAAAGCAUGUUGUAUGGCCAGGUAAGGUCCUGUGCUGUUCCAUGUAUUUUCUCACUGAAUUUCUGCUGUGCUUGGACCUGGUCCUCAGGAACUUGUUUUUUUAUUGAAGCAGGACAUGAUGGGAAAAUAACCAUGAGUAUGGAAUGUAGUUUCAGGACAGCUAUGUAUAGAUGUGCUGUCUACCACAUCUAGCCAGUGGGCAAGAGAGGAAGGCAAUAUGGGAGUACCUGGUACCAGAGUGUGGAAACAAGGCUCUGGAGGAGUCCUUGGUCCUGUCUACUUUCUGGAGACUGUCAGUCAUUCUGUUACAUGGAUGACAGUAUAGCAUGAAGAUAAUGCUGCCUCUUUAUGAUGGGCCUGGAACACUCGGCUUCCUCCAUUUCUUAAUACUAAGAUAACUUGUGCAGGUAUCAGGUUCCAGAGCUCUGCUUUGUCAAUCUGUCACGGGUAGGCCUGAUUGUCAUAGAUGUAACAUAAAUCAUGAGGUGAGCUUCCAGCUUUUUGACCCUAUUCCCCAUGUUGUAAAUAGUGGGCUCCUACACAGGGAGAGUCAGGAGCCUGGGCCACGGCUCCAGCUCAAAGAUGCACCCUGGCACCUGUUCCUCUGGGUCUGCGUAGGUGCUAAGGAAAGAGAAAAACCCUCCCUUUCCUCUUACCCUGUGAGAAAGAACAGACACCAUGCAUCCGAGACUGUUCUGGGUGUAGCAGGAUGUUCUGUGGGUUGUAGAAAUGUCAGAAGACAGGGAUAAACAGAAGAAAAAUGGCUGCUCGUAGUGCCGUCUAGAGACAGGUACCAGAGGGAAAAUAAAGGAGACAACCACCACCAUUGUGAAAGCAACAGGGCAUCCAAGACGUGGAGAACAUCCUGUAGCUCUGGCUUCCACAUUCGGAACCAGCAACUGGAAUCAGCUACCCGUGAGUCUGUGUGGGUUCGCCCUCUGGGUAAGAUGUCUUCAGGAACAGGUACUGGACUCCUUCAGGGCCCAGACUGUAUGGUGGCAGUUCCUGUCUGGGACUGAGGAUUUGCUGGUCUUCCCACUUUAGAGAACAUAACCUGUAGAUCCUCAUUACUGACCCCACUGCCCUGCUGGGUACCAUGGUGUCCUGCCUGUCAGACGUGCCACCGUCUAGAGAUGAUAUAGUACCUGGGGUUACCCUGCAUGCUUAGAGUGAAUGAAUGCCCAAAGGAUCAGGAGCUGGGGUAGAGUGCCAGCAGUGUGCUUUGGCUUUGUCCAGUCCUGUUUAAUCUUCCCGCUUUCCACCAAGCAUUAUUGAAGUGAGUGUGGGUUACCUGCUGUUCAGAGAAGAGAGUGGGCUCCAAACUUGCUCCCAGACCCCUGACUCCUGGCUCCCUGUACAGCAUGCUCUGUCUGCUGUCUUGACAGGUUGCUGUGGAUCAGGAGGUAUCGCUGAGUGAGAAGAUGAUGCAGCUCCAAAUCCAAGAGCAUCGACUCUAGGGCAAUAAGUGCAGUCAGUGGCGACACCCAGAACAGCAGCCCAUGUGGUGAUACUCAAAGUACCAGUCGCUUCUCAGCCGGAGCUUAGCACACAUGCCACUACACAGUGGCAUCAAUUUUGAGUUCUAAAUACGCAGCCUUUUCUGGUAGUUUUAGAGAAAAGCAUUUCAGUUGUUAGGAUUUAUGCUGUUAGAAAGUCUAAGUUGGAUAUACAUUAGCAUAUUGUAGAUUUGGUUAUUUUAAUAAGUAUAGUUUUUUACACACAAGAGUGUACCCUUUUUGUUAAUAAGUGUCUUUUUCAGGGCUCUACAUGGUGUGUAAAUAAAUCGAAUGUAAGGAAUGAAAAUGUAAACAAGAUAAAUCGAACUCUGAAUAACCAUUUUUAUUAAAUAAAACUUUGCCUUUUCUUAAGGAGUUUCUCCCAAGAUUCUCAUAAUUAGUGAAAUACCCUGAUUUAUUCAAUGUAAAGUUUUAUUUCUCUGCACAUCUUUUAUGGAGAUCAUGAAUAGUUUGAACUUGUCAGGGAGGAGCUAGGUGGCUGUUUCUGUGUGCCUGUGGGGUGGAGAUUUUAUAAUGUGGGGGCUCCCCCUCAGGCUGUGGUCAGAGCUCAGGGCACAUUUACACUCCAGGCCCCUGUGAGUCUGCUUCUGAAGUCAUGGCCCACCCACUCUCUGAGCUGAGUCUGCAUAACAGGCCACCAUUCAUAAAACCACAGACCCACAGAGCAGAAAGAGAACUCAGAAGUCAGAAGUCAUCUGGGGCAAUAACCUUGAGGGCAUGGCUUUCAUUUACAUUCUGGCAUUAGCAUACUUUAAAAAAAAUAUAGUUGCUAUGUAUAUUACACUUAAAUUGAAAGAAAAUAAGCAGCCCAACAAGCCCAGUGUUCCAUGGGUAAAACUCGCCCUAGAGGGCUUGCUGCUGUGUUUGCUGGCCCUGGCUUGGUUCCCAGGUUGCCUACUGCCACAUCCUGUUGCCCCACAUAGGCAUCUACUGCAUAGUAUUUGCUCCCUCCUGGCUUUACAGUAUGUCAGUAUAACCUGAUGCAUAGCAGCCAUAAGGGGGUCCACUUGUUAGUGUAGUAGUCACAUCAUUUUUGAAGGAGAUAUACUUCAAGGUCCUAGCGGGUAUCUGAAGCCGAAAGUGCAAGAGUCUAUACAUGUUACACUUUUUCUGGAUCUGUAUAACUAUGAUAAAAUUUAAUAUGUAAGUUAGGCAUAGGAUAGUGGAUCCAGUGCACUAAAGUAGUCCAUUGAAGAGGACUGUCAGGAGGUUGGGGAUUUAGCUCAGCUGUA